AUUUUUUGGCAUUUUUUUGGGGAUCUUUUGGGGCAUUUUGCCCAUUUCCAGCAUGUUUGGAGUCACUUUGUAGGAGGAUUCUUGGCGAAUUUGGUGGAUUUUCACAGGGUUUCGAGUGAUUUUCCUGAGAAAUGUAUGGAAUUUUUUGGAGGAUUUUGUGGGUUUCAGGAUGCUCAGAAUGGGUUUUGGGGAUUUUUGGGGGAUUUUUGGCUGUUUUUGGGUGUUUUUGGGGACCCGGCGCUGCGGGACUGCUCGCUGGAGCUCGGGCCGCCGCUCAGCGCCGAGCUCGCCGGGAGGUACUACUUCAGGGCAGACCUGGGAGGCUACAACCAGUACAGCUUCAGCGAGCACGCCGUGCUCCAGGUGCUCGAGGAGCCGGUGCUGGAGGUGCCCCCUGAAGUCGUGGCCAGAGAGGGAUUUUGGGAAUAUUCAUUUUUGGGACACUCAGACCCCAUUUUUGGGCUAAAUGAGUCCAGAAUGGGGAUUUUUGGUUCGGAAUGGGGAUUUUUGGGCGGUAAUGAGCAUUUUUGGGUGGUAAUUGGGAUUUUUGGACAUUAAUCAGGAUAUUUUCCCCAUUCCUCAGAGGAGCCGGUGCUGGAGGUACCCCCCGAAGUCGUGGCCAGAGAGGGAUUUUGGGGUCUCUGGACCCCAUUUUUUGGGCUAAAUGAGUCCAGAAUUGGGAUUUUUGGGCGGUAAUUGGGAUUUUUGGGUGGU